UCGAAGUCGAAGUCUGCAGCCCCACAACUGCUCUAUGCUCCGACUCCACAACCCGAUCUGCGACAAAAAGAAAGAUUCUGAAAGAUAUCUUCAUGGUGCGGACAAAAACUACUGAACCACUCGUGUGAAAGGAAGCAACAAUAUAGCACAGUACUACCAUAUUUCUGUUCCCUGACCCACGAGUCUAAAGUGCUGGUCUGAUGAUAAAAAGUGUUUGGAUCUAAAUAAGCACUAAAAGGGUAAAAACAAAGUCUAGAGAAGACUUUGCUUCUUUGUGCUAUACCCUCUGGAAAUGUAUCUAUGUCCAUGUACAAAGAGUGAUGGCUUAUGUUGCUAUCACUUCCCUCAAGCAAACAUUAGACCAGCUCAAGAUGAAUUGCAAAUUAGAAUUCACAUUUGAUGAAGUAAAACAGUUUAAAGCUGUAUCUGAAGAGAUUUCUGUCAUCCAAGAAAUGCUUCAAGAUUCUGCAGAUAGGAACUAUGAUCAUACCAUGAUGAAACAUCUGGAGAGAUGCAUAAGAGACAUGGCGAAUAAAGCGGAAGAUAUUAUUGAAGAAUUUGUGUAUAUCAAAGCAGAGGCCCUGGAUGAUGCUGCUAUCUUUGAGGAGGAGCUGAGUCUUCACCAUCAUAUGAUGGAGGUUUUGAGUGAGAUAAAUUCUAUCAAGUAUAUGUUGACAAAGAUUUACCAAGAAUCAGAUGCAGCUGCAACCAAAGUUCCGCGAGCUAGGAAUCAUUCGGUGGAGCAUGCAUCAGGAUGGUCUUCAACUCAAGAGGAAACUCUUGUCGUGGGAAUAGACAAUGAUCUGUUAAAAGUCAAGGAGAAACUUACAGGACUGCCACAUAAACUGGACAUUCUUACAAUUGUUGGGAUGGGUGGAAUAGGUAAGACAACCCUUGCUCGAAAGGUAUUUAAUGAUCCUUUGAUUGAGUAUCAUUUUUAUGUACGUGCUUGGGUUACAGUAUCGCAGAAAUAUGUACUGAGAGACGUGUUACUUGGCCUUUUGUGUUCCCUCACCAGACUUGGUGAUGAAAUUUUCAAAGAAAAGAAUGAGCAAUUAGCUGAAUUAUUGUAUAGAACUUUGAAGGGUCAGAGGUAUCUUAUAGUUUUUGACGCUGUAUGGGAUGGUAAGAUCUUGUAUGAUCUCAGAAGAUCUUUCCCAGAUGACAGGAAUGGAAGUCGAAUAGUGUUGACUAGUCGACUAAUAGAUGUCAAUAUGUGUGUAAAUCUGGACAGCCAUCAUCAUCACAUGAGUUUCCUGAGUCUAAAUGACAGUUGGGAGCUGCUGCGUCACAAAGUGUUCUUGGAAGAAAGUUGCCCCCCAGAGCUAGAAGUUAUUGGGAAAGAAAUUGCUCAGAAAUGCCAAGGAUUACCAUUGGGAAUUCUAGCCGUAGCAGGUCAUCUCUCCAGCAUCAGAAAAACAAAAGAUUGCUGGAAGACUGUUGCAGAUGACAUACGAUCACCAGAGUCUAAAGAUCAAGAGAAUUGCUUAGACAUUCUUGCCUUGAGUUAUAAGUCUUUGCCUCAUCACCUCAAAGCUUGCUUUCUAUAUUUAGGAGCUUUUCCCCAAGAGUUUGAGAUCCCUGUCUGGAGAUUGAUCAGGCUUUGGGCGGCUGAAGGAAUUCUCAGAGCAGAAUGGCCAAAGACCCUCGAAGAAGUGGCAGAGAUGUGCUUACAAGAGCUAAUGAGUAGAAGUCUAGUUAUGGUUAGGAAGAGAAAAUCCAAUGGUGGUAUUAAAAGUUGUGGCAUCCAUGAUCUCGUGAGGGACUUGAUCUUGAGAGAAGUUGAAAAAGAAGAUUUUCUUCUGGUGCUGAAGUCAGAUGCUAAUUUCUUUCCCACAGAUGCUUAUUAUAAGCGUUGCCUCUGCUUCCAUCAUCAAAUAAGCAGAUCCUAUGGUAUGUUUAAUUCCAGCAGCAGGAUAGAACAUUGUGACUACAUGAAGCCUGCAAUUCCUCGUUGUCGAUCUAUUCUCUUUUAUGGUCGACUUCAAGUGACAGAAUUCGAUAAGAUGCUAGAUUCUCGUGUUACUGUGAUGGAUUUGAAGUUGCUGAGGGUACUAGAGAUUCUUUUUAGGUUCUUCGAGCAUUUCCCUGUUGAGAUAACGCAGCUAGUUCAUCUGAGGUAUCUUGCACUUUCCGCUCGUACUUAUUUUGGUACAUGCUUGUCCCAGCUGGGGAAUCUACAAACACUGAUUAAUGAGCAUGACAGGAAUGUAACUUUACCUAGUGACAUAUGGAAGAUGCCUCGGUUAAGAUAUCUUCAUAUAAAGAAUGGUGCUUGUUUGCCCUAUCCUGCAGGAGCCAAAGCUAUUGCAAGCAACUCUCUUGUCCUAACCAACCUACAUAAGCUUUCAACUGUAAGCUUUACCAAUUGUUAUAGGGAAACGUUUGCCUGUCUUCCCAAUUUAAAGAAACUCGGUAUCUGUGUGAUGCAACCAUCACAUAAUUGCCUUGAUGAUCUUCUUUACCUUGCUGAACUUGAAAAACUUAAAUGUGUCUUUCUGGGAAGAGGUCAAUUCUCCGGUUGGAAUGCUUUCCCACCAAAACUUAGGAAACUGACCUUAAACGGGAGCUUUCUGCCAUGGGAGAAGAUGAGAACUCUUGGUUUGUUACCCAAUCUUGAAGUACUCAAACUGAAAGACUAUGCUUUCCAAGGGCCAGAAUGGCAAGUGGAAGAAGAUGAGUUUUGUCAACUAAAAUAUCUGCUAAUUGAUGGGACAGAUCUAGUUCAGUGGGGAGUAACUGGUUCUCAUUUCCGAAGGCUACAGCAGCUGAUUCUGAGAUGUUGCAGACACUUGGAUGAAAUACCAAGUGGAGUUGGAGAAAUUCCUACCCUGCAAAUAAUUGAUGUGGAUGAUUCCAGCAGUCUUGCCGUGAGUUCGGCAAGGCUUAUUCAGCAAGAACAAUAUAGCAUGGGAAAUGAUGGCCUAAUAGUCAGGAUACAUUCUAGAGAAUAGAGAUUGAUAGAUCCAUGGAGAAACUUCAUUAGAGAUGUCAUCCCUUGUAUACUUGUUUCUGUUAACAAGUUAAUCAAGUUCAUCUUUAUCCAAACUUAGACAGUUCAUUGCCAAACUUUUUUAAUCAAUUUGCCAUGUUCUUCU